AUGAAUGCCUCUGUACCCGAUUCCACCUUUGCAUCUGUAAGAGAAUUUGUGCUCCAAGGUUUCUCUUACACGUGGGAGGUCCAAGUCCUCCUCUUCUCCCUCUUCACUACAAUAUACACCCUCACCCUAACAGGAAAUGGGGCUAUUGUCUGUGCCCUGUUGUGUGACCAGCGACUCCACACCCCCAUUUACAUCUUCCUGGGGAAUUUCUCCUUUCUAGAGAUUUUGUAUGUCUCUUCUACAGCCUCCAAGAUGUUGGUGAACUUCCAUUCGGAGAAUAAAACCAUCUCCUUUGCUGGGUGCUUCCUCCAGUUCUAUUUCUUUUUCUCAUUGGAUACAUCUGAAUGCUUUCUUUUGACUGUCAUGGCCUUUGAUCGGUACCUAGCUAUCUGCCAUCCCUUGCAUCACCCGAAUAUAAUGACUGGGACUUGCUGUGCCAAACUGGUCAUUAUCUGCUGGAAUUGUGGGUUCCUGUGGUUCUUAAGCCCCAUUGCUUUCAUCUCUCAGGUGCCCUUUUGCAACCCAAAUAUUACUGACCACGUUGUGUGUGACCCAGGGCCACUCUUUGCAUUGAUGUGUGUCUCUUCCCCAAGAACUCAACUGCUUUGCUACACCCUCAGCUCAUUAGUUAUCUUUGGUAACUUCUUUAUUCUUGGGUCCUAUACUCUUGUCCUAAUAGCUGUGUUGCCAAUGCCUUCAGCCACUGGGAGACAUAAAGCCUUCUCCACGUGUGGGUCUCAUCUGACUGUGGUAUCACUGUUCUAUGGUUCUCUCAUGGUCAUGUAUGUGAGCCUAGGACUUGGACACUCUGCUACGAUGCAGAAAGUUGCAACUUUGUUCUAUGCUAUGGCGACCCCACUUUUUAAUCCCUUCAUCUACAGCCUUCACAGUAAGGAGAUAAAGACAGCCCUGAGAAGAGUUCUGGGGAAUCUCAAUGUAAGUUAA